AUGUCUGCCGUAAUUCGCCAAGCUCAGAGAUCGGCCCAUGGCAUUUGGCCCCGACGCUGUCGUCCCCAACUUGGGACUCCCACUGCACCUUGCAAAGCAGCGCUCAACACCACAGCAAGCAGAAGCCAUCCUGCGUCCGGUACACACGAUACACAGCACUUCGAUGUGGUGGUGAUAGGAUCGGGCUGCGCCGGUCUCACUUCUGCCGUGAUUGCUGCCAAACACGGUCUUCGCACCCUCGUGCUUGAGAAGAGCGACUUUUUCGGGGGAACUACAGCAUUCUCGGGUGGAGGAGCCUGGAUCCCCAAUAAUGCGCAUCAGAAGACAAUCAACGUGGUGGAUAGUCGAGAAUCUGCUGAGAAGUAUCUUCGCAACGUCCUCGGGGAUCUGUACGACCACGACAUAAUUGCAUCUUUCCUCCAGAACGCUCCCAUCAUGCUACAAUGGAUGCAGGCCAAUACAUCCGUCCAGUUCAAGCCUGUGGCGCUGCCGGACUACCAUGUGGGAAAGGAGGGCGCUAGCGUUGGCCGGACCAUCCUCACGCAAGAGUACGAUGGACGACAGCUUGGGAGACAAAGAUUGCGGAGUAUCAGAUACACUCUGCAAGGCUAUCAUGCCUUUGGAUCUAUGCAGGCCGACCCCGCCGAGCUGCCAGUGCUGUCGAGUCCGUUCCAAAGCAUGUCUAAUUUGGCUGCAUGCAUCCGCAAGAUCACUCGAUUUGGUCUUGAUGUGUUGCUGUACGGGAAAGGGUCCGAGAUGGCAAACGGCAAUGCUCUCGUCGCUCGCUUGGUAAAGGGCUGCGACGAUGCAGGAGUUGAGCUACAGGCAAGUUCUCCAGUGACGCGGUUGAAGCAAAUAGACGGCACGGGCGCCUUCAGUGUCGUGGCCCAAGACUCGCAGGGUCAUACCAAGGAGUUUGUGGCGACAAAGGGAGUGAUUCUGGCCAGCGGUGGAUUUGGAAGAUCCCAGGACGCGCGAGCGUAUCUUCCCCAUGACUGGAGUGUACAGCCGAAAGGAAACGUCGGAGAUGGGCAACGGAUGGGCAGAGAGGUUGGGGCUGCGAUGCCACCUCCAAAUCCCAAGAACGGCCUGUUUGCUCCAGUAUCACUGCUGCGGACAAGAAGCGGCCAAGUUCGACGGUAUCCGCACUUCUCCGUCGACCGGACCAAGCCAGGCUCCAUCAUCAUCAACACAGCCGGGAGACGCUUCGCCAACGAGGCCGAGCCGUACCAGGAGUUUGUCCAGACAAUGCACGAGCAGGGAAUAGAAAAGUCAUUUCUUGUCGCCGACAGCCGAUUUCUGAGACGAUACGGCAUGGGCAUGGCUCUCCCGUGGCCCAUGUCCCCUCGCUCCUUGAUUGCUCAAGGUUAUCUCGUUAAAGCUGGGACGCUGCAUGAGUUGGCCGACAAGAUCCAAGUGCCGCCUGAGGCACUUCGAGACACUGUGGCAGCGUGUAACGAAAAUGCGGCCAAGGGUCUAGACCCCGAGUUCGGAAGGGGUCAGUCCUCCUACGAUCUCUUUUACGGCGACCCCUCUGCAGGUUUCCCCAACCCAAGCCUUGGAACCUGCAUCCAGCCACCUUUCUAUGCUCUGACUCUCUACCCCGGAAACGUCUGUUCCACUUAUGGUCUGCAUACCAAUGCACACGCCCAAGUUCUUGACUCAUCUAAUAAGGUCAUUCCGGGGCUGUAUGCUGUGGGAUUAGACGCCAACUCUAUCAUGCGCGGCGAGUACCCCGGAGGAGGCUCGAGUAUCGGCCCAGCCAUGACGUUUGGUUAUAUCGCAGGGAUGAGUUUGGUUGGUAAAUAA